AAUACAGGAGCCAGUCAAUCGUCGAAUCAAUCAGCAAGUGGCAAUCCAGUUGCCGGGUUGCCGACCUCGGCCAGUUUUGGAAAUACCGUCUAUCCUGGUGCGGCCACCUUUUUGACGCCUACCGGUGGUAAAUCCAUGUCGCCUUUAUUCCGCAUUGAUCCUAAAGAAAAUGUCACGUUUGUCUGGUCUUAUACCAAUCUUUUGGUUCGUCCCAUCAAUAUCACCUUGGCAGCGGUGGGACCACAAAAGGUCACUUACACCGUCGUGACAACAGAUGGCAUGGCCACCAGUGCCGUGUGGCAUAUCAAGGAUGUACCUUCGGCUUCGCCGUUGAUCAACGGUAUGUAUCAGAUUCAGUUGUACGAUCAACGAGGUCCUACCGCGGCGGCCGAACCUGGAUGGUUGCAACCCUACAAAGGCCUGACCAUUGCUUUCUACCAACCCGAAAGCUAUAAACCCAUGACAGACUCUGAUUAUUGUCCAACCUGUUUCUACAAUGGUUCUCGACGUCUUCAAAAUUCAUUUGGUCCGCUGGGCAUCGCCUUUGCUGUUGCAUGCUUCACUUCGGCCAUGUUUAUUUAUGGUCUUCUUCAUUAA